AUGACCGGUGGUGGUUAUGCCAUCAACGACCCUUUGUCUGUCACGGUCGUCGGUGCAGGGAUCGCCGGUCUGUGUGCGGCGGUAGCCCUCCGUCGAGCUGGGCACAAUGUAAAGAUUCUCGAACGCUCGCCUCUCCUCGAUGAAGUCGGCGCCGCGAUAACACUGGCUCCCAAUGCCGUGAGAAUCUUUCGGUCGUGGGGUCUCGACUUUGAGCGAGCGAAGUUCAUCCCGCGACUGGGCCAGACGUUCAUCGACGGCACCACACUCGCCGAACAGCGUGCCACGGACCGAACGGACUUUGAGGCCACAUACGGCGCGCCGUACCUGUUCGCGCAUCGGGUCGAUCUUCACGCCGCGCUACGAGAGCUGGCGACUGGUGCUGACGGCCUGGGCCCGCCAGCCCAGUUGCACACUUCAAGCAUGGUCGUGGACUACGACGCCGAGACCGGCAGGGUCAGGCUUGCGAACAACACGUGGACGGAGCCGAUGGACCUGAUCGUCGCGGCCGAUGGCGUCCACUCGCGCGCGGCCAGCCAUAUCCUAGGCCGCGAGUGUCCCGCCCACGCGACGACCAGCACGGUCAUCCGCUUCCUGAUCCCCACGAGCCUGGUCGUCGCCGAUCCAACGACAGCUCCGCUGCUCAAGUACGGCGAGGGCCACUGCUCCUUCUACCUGCACAGGGAUAAGCGGCGGUGGCUGGUCCGCUACCCGUGCCGGGCCAACACGCUGCAGAACUUCGGCAUGUACGUCGACCGGCCGCUCGCUGCCUCGGGCGACACGAACGUCUGGGGUCAGAAAUGCGACCACGACGAUCUGCGCGCCGUGCUGGCUGGGUUCCAUCCCGCGUUGCUGGCCCUCGUCGACAAGACUGCCCGCGGCAGCGGCAUUCUGCCGCUGUGGCGAUGCGCGGAGAGGCCGCCCCUGCCCAGAUGCACGGACCGGAACGGCGGGAGGCUCGUCGUCAUCGGAGAUGCCUGCCAUCCCAUGCUGCCUCAUCGCGGGUUCGGGGCCAUCAACGCGAUCGAGGAUGCCGCAGCGUUAGGCGCGCUGUUCGAGAGGAACCUCACACAUGCGUCUGAGGAUGGUAGUCCUACUGUACGAGACCUCCUACAUGUCUUCGAAACGGUACGCUUGCCCCGCGCGUCCGUGGCGCAGCUGUACUCGCAGGUGGAAACGGACAGGGACCCCGUCGUGGAAAGGCGAGAACAGACCUUGAGGUUAUUGCCUGCCGAGGAGUUGCCUGGCAAUGGAGCCGAAGUCAUCGACUGGGUGUUUGGGUAUGAUGUUGUGGGCCAGGCGCGACGGGCCAAGAAGGAUUUCCUCGACGCACGGAAACGGGAUUGUAAGCAAGUAAUUGGUUGA